CAAUGCGAAAACAAGUUGAGCGCAACAAUAUUGUGGACUGCGUACCUCGAGUUGGGAUGAUGAGGGUUAUUUUUUUGAAUUACGGCCGCAGGCCACCUACGCGGAAAGGUGUUCUGCGCAAAAAUACUGUCACCCCUGAUCUAGUUUAGCCUGCUUUGUCCUAAGAUCGGGUUUGGCCGGUAACAUAUACAUAUAUGUACAUAUAUACAUAUGUACCGGAAAUUGUAAAAAAAAAACUAUGCAAGCUUUCACAUCAAUCGACAUUUUCUAUGGUUGGCAACGCGGCAAAUCAGCUGGGUUUUUGUCAGCCAUAUGCAUUCGAUUAUGAAUUUCGGCAGCCGGUUGCAUCUUACAUUUCCUAUCUCAGCAUUACGCUGUCCACUUCUUCCGUAAAAACAACAUCGAAACAAAUAAACAAAAGAGUGCGUAGUGUAAAGCACGAAAGGUAAUGAAAAGGUUUUUCCCAUUGUGAAAUGGCGAGUAGAAUUGGAGUUUUGCGUUGCGGCGAGCAAUAAAUUAGGGCACAAGUGCUGAAAAUGCUCAGUUGGAUUACGAGCAUAAUUGUAACCAGACGUACUAAAGAGUAAGCUAAAAAGUACAAAACUAGUUCUCGCAAAUAAACACCGCGGUCCACCGUUGUGAAAUAAAAACGGAAGUACUACGAAAAAUUACUAUCGCACAAGCAUUUUUUUGUCAAACACGAAAUUCAAGAAUCGAACGGAUACUUCUACAAGGCAAAGCUAAUUUGACUUCACAUCCCAAAGAAAAAAUUUAAAACUCGGCGAAAAUGUCCACUUUUGGCGCAGAGUUCGAACAAAUUUGGCCGAAAGCUGGCUCAGCUAUAAAAUUAACUGAAUUCGGCAAAAAAUUAUUGCACAAAUGCUUAGAAGUGGAGAAACCAGACAGGAGUCAUAUCGAUAUUAAAAGCUUUAUCAAAAAAUCAUCCAACUUUCCUGUAGAGUUCGGCACCAAUACUUGUCGCGUUAUCAGUCAGCCCAAAGAGCGUUAUCCGGAAAUUCAGAAACAAAUCGAAUCUGCGUAUCCGAUAAUACACGAACGCGUUUUGGGCUUAUAUCUGGCAUUCUUGAAGCACAAAUGCAAAUAUGGCAACGUUAUCGAACACGCCGUGUACAAGGGUAUGACCCUGACCGGGCUGGUACAGCGUCUGCUUACAAAACGUUGUGUUGCCUUUCUGGGGCCUUCUGAUAAAUAUCUAUUGCUAAGUGGACACCAAGGAUACGGCGGGUUUCACGAUGUCGGCACGGCUGCUGAACGUGGCGAGUUAACCUUAAAAAACGUACUUAGCUAUGACGAAAUAAAGCUCUCCGCCUUUCUCUCCGUCUCAUCGCACACACAAUUCCUCAACGAUGGCAAUCGCCACAACUGUGGCAUUAUUGAAGCAGAUAAAACGAAAAUUGAGCCAGCAGGCGUUAUCAUUGGCAUGAUCGGUGGACGCUUCGAGUCCAUUGAUGUUAUGGAAUGGCAGGAUAUAAUGAUAACGCCCACGCAGAAUACUGUAGACCGCGGCUACGGUUACAAGGUGCAUGAGGCUGAACAUGCAAACAAUCGCAUUGUUGGCUACCGCCAACUAUGGUCACGUUUCUACGAGGAACAAGACAAGCUUUACGAAAAAGUGAGCGUGUUGAAUACGCCGCGCUACUUUAAAGUGCCAUGCACCGAUUUUAUAUUCGACAAUGUUUUGAUGAAGAAACGUUACGCCAUCUCAUUUGACACGCUACUGCUGGAAGCAGAUGCGCGCGGGGCGGCCGCAGGCAAACAAGUAUAUCUACAUGUGGUUGGCUUUGGAUUGGGUGUGUGGCGUGCUGUGCAGCAUCAGUAUAAGAUAUUUUUGAAAACUUUUGGUGAACGAAUGCAGGAGCUGCUGCCACGCUUGUCGCAUAUAGGCGUGGUGCACUUCUCACAUUUCAAACAGAGCGCUCCCGGUGUGCUGAAGGUUGGUAGCGUGAUAGCUGCGGAGACGCAUCCUGAUGGUGGCAUUAAAACGCUACUAACCGAUCGCAAUCCCUCGCAGAAGUUGCCGCCGGAAUUUGAAAAUAUGCUCAUAGUGGAAUCGUAUGCAUGGGAUGGAAACGCUUUGCCAGGCAAUGAAUUUUGGGUGGGCUCGCUAAGUGGUUCCGGCGAUCCGGCCGCCGCCUGCAGCACUCUAAUCACUGAAUUGCAUAAUCCGCAUAUAAAUUCUGGAGUGGUAAAUGGUGAUAAUUUGCAUGUGGCCUCAGAUCGUUUCGGUGUUCUGCAUGUUGCACAGUACGCUAAGAAUAUUUUGGGGUAAACUAUGGAUUCCGGAAACGAUAUAAGAUGUGCACAUGUAAAUACACCAAAACCCCAAGAAAUAAUUUGCGAAUAUUUUAUGUUUUAUAAAUACUUACAUUUUUUUAAUGUCUUACAGGUAUCAAACGUUAGCUCAAUAUUUUUAAAUAAUUUAUUAUUUAAACUCACGAAUCAACAGAAAAAGUCUUGUAAAACAAACUGCAUUUAAAUUAAAUUAAAUAUAAAAUUUUACAUAAAUAAAUUGGCGAUCGGAAUAAAUAAGAUCAAUUUUAAAUGUUAGCGUUUUCGAUUUAUGAUACCGGAAAUAAUAUUCGAAUCCUGUCAGCACUUAAUUCCUCUAUACAACGCGCCAUCUGCAAGUUAAUUCCAAAAGGCGUAUUUUAACAUUUGUUCACAAACGCCAUUUGCUCUCAAACCAACCAUAGUAUUAGGUCUGUUCCACACGAGUCCGCGAGAUCCCGCGGGUGCCCAAAACAACCCAGAA